AAUCAAUCCAUAAAAGCGCAUCUAGUAUGACACCUCACCAAUCCAUUCAUCAUUCAUCUCCCUAGUGGUUUCUCUCACCUCGGCCGCUGUGUAGAAGCUCAUAAUACAGAGAAAAAGCUGCGCUUGGAAGAGAGUUUUGAACUUCCAUAGAAAUGGAGGAAAGCCCUCUUUUGUCUUUGCUUCCUCACAAAAUCAUCAAACCUGAAACAUCCCACCAGUUAAACAACCAGGAUUUUCAUCACUGCAGCACCUCGAGGCGCGGUGGCGCGAAGCAGGAUUCGGAUUCACCGGUUCCUCUCCCGCCGGGGCAGGUGUCAUUCCGCCUGCUCUGCCGCUUCCACACCGCUGGAGGUGUCAUUGGGAGUUCUGGCACUGUCAUUAAGCGACUCGAGGCACUUUGUGGGGUGAAAAUCCGGAUCGAGAAGGGCCUCCCCAACUGCCACGAGCGCGUGAUUAACAUUUUGGGUGAUGCCACAGUCAAGAAGAAGAUAUCGAUUAUAGGUAGUUUAAAGAACGGUGGAAAUGAAGACAAGGAAAUGGUGGAGGGGUCAAAAGCACAGGAGGGUUUGAUAAGGGUUUUUGAGAGGGUUUUGGAGGUUCAAGGGGAUGUUGAAAAUGAAAAUGAAAAUGAUGACAUUAAUAGUAACAGUAAAGGGUUGAUAGGGUGUCGAUUAUUGGCUGCCGCGGGUCAAAUAGGGGCAGUUUUGGGGAAGGGAGGGAAGAUUGUGAAUGGGAUCCAGAAUAACUCAGGGGCGAAGAUAGCGGUUUUGAAAGAGCACAUUCCAGCUUGUGCAGAACCCCAAGAGGCAGUGAUUCAGAUAAGGGGUGGGGUUGCUUCUGUAAAGAAAGCAUUACUUGCUAUCUCCUGUUGUCUUCAAGAUUGCAAACUAGGGGAACGAACUCCUGGGCAGAUGUCUUCCCGUGGAGUUUCACAUGACAUACUCAAAUAUAGUAUUCUUAACAGUAAUUCAAACUCACCGACAUUUUCUGGAAAUGCUGUUGAUUAUCAUCCCGUUGUCCAUUCUUUGUCGGAAGAUAUUGACAGAAAGCUUAGCAUGGAUGAAGACAGUACCCUAAAGAAUGUGGUGUUUAGACUUUUAUGUUCCAAUGCUUCAGCUGGGGGUGUGAUUGGCAAGGGUGCAAAUUUGGUUAAAUCUCUGGAAAAAGAAACUGGGGCUUGUAUAAAGUUUUCAUCUCUUGCAUCUGGAUUGAGUGAGCGUGUUGCCACUAUCUCUUCACUGGAGAACCCAAAUCCGUUACACUCUCCUGCACAGAUUGCUAUUAUACGUGUUUUUACCAGAUCUGUACAGGUUGCCCUUGACUAUGGCUUAACACCUGGCAUGGGUAAAGGUGAAAAUGUGACUGCAAGAAUUUUGGUUGCAAGAAAUCAAAUGGGAUGCUUGGCAGAUGAAAGUGGAAGAGUUGCUUCAGAUAUUAGUACUGCAUCUGGUGUUGAAAUACAAUUAUUGGGAGCAGGUCUUAUCCCAAAUUGUACUGUUGAAGAUGAUAAAGUGGUUCAGAUUAUCGGCGAGUAUGAAAAUGUUAAAAGUGCCCUGCUUCAAGUUACUGGCAGACUUAGGGAGAACUACUUUCCGAGAAUGGGUUUUCACUCGUCAGAUUCAGCUACAGCAUGCAGCAGUUCUAAUGGAAGGGCUAAAACCAGGAGAAAUUUCACAAGAUCUGAAGAUGAUGCUAAAAGCUUGAAAACUUUUUCUUCUGGGCUUAAGAAUGAAAGGCUGGAUGAAGACGGUACCCUAAAGAAUGUGGUGUUUAGAUUCUUAUGUUCUAAUACUUCAGCUGGGGGUGUGAUUGGCAAGGGUGCAAAUUUGGUUAAAUCUCUGGAAAAAGAAACUGGGGCUUGUAUAAAGUUUUCAUCUCUUGCAUCUGGAUUGAGUGAGCGUGUUGCCACUAUCUCUUCACUGGAGGACCCAAAUCCGUUAUACUCUCCUGCACAGAAUGCUGUUAUACAUGUUUUUACCAGAUCUGUACAAGUUGCCCUUGUCCAUGGCUUAAUACCUGGCAUUGGUAAGGGUGAGAAUGUGACUGCAAGAAUUUUGGUUGAAAGAAAUCAAACGGGAUGCUUGGUAGAUGAAGGCGGAAGAGUUGCUUCAGAUAUUAGUACUGCUUGUGGUGUUGAAAUACAAAUAUUAGGAUCAGCUCUUAUCCCAAAUUGUACUAUUGAAGAUGAUAAAGUGGUUCAGAUUAUCGGCGAGUAUGAAAAUGUUAAAAACGCCCUGUUUCAAGUUACUGGCAGAGUUAGGGAGAACUACUUUCCCAGAAUGGGUUUCAAUGUAUCUGAACACACACACUCGUCGGAUCCAGCUAUGGCAUGCAGCAGUUCUAAUGGAAGGGUAAUGGACUUCUCUUCUCAACUGGAACAACUGUCAAGACUGUCUUCUGUUAAUCAACUACACAAGUCAAGCCAUCCUCUGUCAACAGGUUCACGACAAAAAAACGUUAAAACCAGAAGAAAUGUCACAAGACCUGAAGAUGACGCUGGAAACUUGAAAACUUUUUCUUCUGGGCUUAAGAAUAAAAGUAAGGUUGCAGAUGCAAUACCAUAUAGAACUGUGGAGGUUUUGAUUCCACAUGAUGUUUUUCGCUUUGUCUAUGGUGACAAUAGCAGCAAUCUUAUACGUCUAAAAGAGAUCUCGGGUGCAACUAUUAGACUACUAGAUCCACGUGCUGGAGAUGAUAUAGGGAAGGUAAUCAUGUCUGGAUCAACCGAGCAAAUCCAGAUUGCCCAGAGCCUGCUUCAAGCCUUUAUUUCAUUGUAGUUAGUUACUGGCUCUAUAAUCAUCCUUGAAAAUGCCAUUUUCCUUGUGGUAAAUAGCCCUGCUAAAAGGGCAUUUUCCUGUGUCAAGUGUUAUGUUUUGCGCCUGUAAGUAUACGCAGCUUCUAUGAACACAGUGAAGUUACUAUCUUGAGGUUUUAGAUUAGUAUAAAAUGAUGUAUAUACUUUGUGACGCUUGUUAAAUUCAAUCGGUAAUGGUUCUCGAUUGCAAAUA